AUGAAGAAUGUAGAUGUGAAACAAGACCCUAAGAGUGACACCAUCAUUUCUGUGACAAAUAGUCAGGAUCUCCGGUCCUUAGAGUAUCUUUCAGAUAGCUUGAGUGCCCUGAAAGAAAGUACCAGUAAUGCUAUAGAGGAUACCCUACGGCUUAUCCCUUCGAAACCUUACACAGAGGAGCGACAGAAAUUAGAAUCUGAACUAGGAGAACAUAUCCAAAGCCUCUCGGAGUGUUACCACCAUGCUGCUAGGCGGCUAAGCAGCACUAUCUCUCCAGGAAGAGGGGGCCUGACGCAGGUGCAGCAACUAUUCCUUACGGCCUGUUGGUUCAAGACCGAGGCGCUGUUCGUCGAGUCGUGGCAUGCUCUUAGCUCUGCCAUCCACGAAGCUCAGGAACUAGGCUUGCACAAAAAUUCCACAAAAGUAGCUAUCACUGAGUUCGAGCGCGAGAUGAGGAGGCGUAUGUGGUGCAUAUUGUGCGCCUGGGACUGGCAAAUGUCGUACCUGUUGUCCCGUUCCGUCAUUAUCAAUAACAAUAGCCCUGUUGAGCUUCCCAAUCUGCGGCUGGAAAGCCCCGACUCCCAAAUCGAACUGCCGUCCCCGAUAACACAUAUGGCCUUACAGCGCCAGUUGGGCCAAAUGAUAUCAAAAAUAUUUGGUAUGAUGGAUGAAAGCUUGUCACCCAUGCAAUCUGUGUCUAUUCAAGAAGUAGUUGAAAAGUGGUUUGCUUCGUUACCGUCUGCCUUCCGGCUCAUGGACCCUGAUCUGCAUGCUAUAGGCUAUAUGGUAAUGCUGAAGCCAUUAAAGCAAUGCCUCGUACAGAAUCUUGGCCAAGACACGCCCAGUGUCCAGAAAGGUCUUCAGUCAUCUGCCAUUGAUUAUGCACUCAAGCUGAUGGAUGCAUCUUAUCGAUUGCUGGCUUGUAUGCUGCCAAUGAACGCCAAAUUUCAUUUCGCACCAUUUUUGAUUUUUGAUACAGCCUCCUUGCUAUGCUCUGCUAUAAUUCACGAUCAUAGUCACUGUCUUCAGCGAGAAACGAUUAUUCAAGCACUUGACGUACCUGUCAACAUGCUAGACCUUGUGCGUACCACCAAAACGGGCGCUAUAUGCUACUGGAUCCUCACCAAGCUUAUUAACGGGCUUCCGAUAUCUUAUGUGGACAGGAUGUCCAUUAAUUACAAACACUCUGAAGAUAUUGACGGAGAGCCUUAUACAACCUCGGAGAGUCAACAUGGCUCGGCAUUGUUACGUGAUGAUGGCCUGUCUCUUAUAAAUGGUACACACCUAAACAUAGCCAGUACGACGAGUAGUGCAGUUCUGCCACUGGAGCUUGCAUCCUCCAAGGUAACGAACAGUGGAAUUGCUGAUGUAGCUAACAUAGACCUGGGAACCUUCAACCAGAUCUGGGAUUUGGGGAACCUUGACCUUGACCUUUCUGACACACAGCAGUCCUAA